AUUAUUAUUAUUUCAAACAAAAAUCUUAAAGCAAAUCUAAAAAGCAAGUAAAAUAAACUAGAAAAGUAAAUAAUCUCAGCCCAUAAAAUAAACUCUACAAAAUUUAACAUAACUAUUUUCAUAAUGUAUCGUCAAACCAAAAAGAGGAGGAGAGAACUUAGAGUAAGAGAAAAAAACAAGUGAAUGAAUUCCAAAAUAUUCCAAGCUUAAAAAUUUGGAUGCAUCAAAAUUUACCAUCUAACCUUUGAUUAAUAUUAAAACAGUAGAUCAUAGAAACUUUAUAUUAUUAGGAACUUUUGAUUACAAAAUAAAAAACGUUAGAUUAUUUAGUUGGCAUAGACUAAAAAUAGAUUUUUUUUAAAAAAAGUUAUGAGACUAAAUAGAACAAUAUAGAAAAUUUAGGGAGAAAUAUAUGAUUUAAAUGAUUAUUUUAACGAAAUAUGAAUAUAGUAUAUGAUUAGUGCUUUUGAUGUUAAACCAUCUUUCAAGCCCCGGAGACUGCCAAGACGCCGAUCAACAUUCCGAUUCCGCCGCACGAAGAAACCUCUUGACAGUUGCGAACGAUGCGGCCAUUCUUUCACCAGAAGCACUUGCCAUCUUCGGCCGAUUUCUUCGCCAUUGAAUGUCUACGCUCUUCUUCCAUCCCAAUCUUCCUUCUCACCCUCAGAUUGCCUUAAAAAAUUUCUCUGCAUUGGAGUGUGACAACAGUUUUCUCUCUACACAACCAAAAAGUCCUUCUCUAAGUCUCUUCGUCGGCAUUGGACAAUGGCGGAGCAGGUAAUGGUGAUUGGGGUCGAUGAAAGUGAGCACAGCUUCUACGCCUUGGAUUGGACGCUUCAACAUUUCUUUAGGCCUAACGCCACUCCUUACAAGCUCACUAUUGUCAACGCUACACUCCCCUCGAUCCCUCAUGGAGCCGCCUUCCUAGGAUCCCCGAAUUUGAUGCCCACGAUCGAUGCAGAUUUGAAGAAACUAACUAAUAGGACGGUCCAAAGAGCGAAGGAUAUAUGCAUCGAACACAAUGUUCAAAGCGUGGAGACUGAAGUUGUGGAGGGUGAUGCGAGAAAUGUAUUAUGCGAUUCUGUAGAAAAGUUCCAUGCAUCCAUUUUGAUUGUUGGAAGUCAUGAUUAUGGAGUAGUAAAGAAGUAAGAACUCCUUGGUAACUAUACUUACGUAUAUAGGAUGGGACUGGGCAGUGUUAGUGACUACUGUGCUCAGCAUGCCCAUUGCUCUGUCAUGAUUGUGAAGAGGCCACCCAAGCCCAUGACCUAAGCACCCCAUCUUUUGUUGUAGAGAAUGAUGGAUCUCUGAACUUGGAGUUGCAUUUCAAACUAAAUAGGAGCUGAAUUUCAAUUAGGGACAGUUGCCCUAGCAAUUGAACCCAAAGUAUUGGUAAAUAUGCCUCAUUCAAAAAAAUUGCAAAUAUAGCAAAAUUUAUAUCUAGUUCUUGGACCGAUGGUAAAUUUUACUUUAUUUGUAAUUCACUCAAAUCAUUGCUUUGUACUUAAUUAGUAGCCUACAAGUGUUUCUUAUUGUAAUUUUCCUUUUCAUUAUAUUAUUAAUCAACUUAGAU